AUGGCACCGCGUUUGGGGAUCUUUCUGAUUUGGGCUGGCACGUCUGUAUUUCUACAACUGGACCCUGUGAGUGGAGAUCGUGAAACCCUAAGAUCUGAAGAAGCGAACAAUGCCUUUCUUCUUUCAGGUAAUGAAUGUGUUUUCCCAUUCAUCUAUGGAGGGAAAACGUAUUUUGAUUGCACUAUCCAUGGUUCCAUAUUCCGUUGGUGUGCUCUAAAUGCAGAUUAUAUAGGCAGAUGGAAAUACUGUACUAGGAAAGACUAUGCCAAACGUACCUUUCCCUUUAUCUAUCGAGGCAAAAUAUGCGAAAGUUGCACAAAAACUGGGAGUAAUUUCGGGCGUUGGUGCACAUGCUCUCCAAACUUUGACCAGGAUAGAGCUUGGAGGUAUUGCUAG